UUUCAGUGCUACACCGCUCUCGUUUCACAAAUGUCCGUUUACUAAUUAAUGUCGUUUGUUUUAUAAUAACUUUAUUCUUACUCCAAAAUCAAAUCUAACGGUCAGAAAUUGUCUGUGAGAUCAGCUAACCAUUUUUGGCCGUAGCUUUAGUUUGAUUCUUUUUGACAAACACAGACUCGUAUAUCUUUGUAAAUUAUAUAUAUGUAUAUUUUUUUUUUCUAUAAACAACGAUAUAAUAAGAUUCUAAACUUGACCCUUGUCAUAAAAUCUUAAAAAGCCCGGCAAACACUCAUCUGUGCUAAAUAGAGAGAGAGAGAGUAAAAAGACUUGUUUUUUUUUUCUUUCUUUCUCUCUCUUUCUUUCCAUUUUUCUCAGAUUUGUUUCAUAUUUUCAUUCUAUAUAUAGCUCCUCUAAAGCUGGAUUCUUGAACAAUUUUUUUUAUUUUUUAUUUUUCUUCCUAUAAAUGUUUCUGCAUUUUCUGUCAGCUUAAGCUAGCAAUCCAAGGUUAUUUCAAAGUUUGUUCCUUUUUACUUUUGGGGUGCUGAAAAAUACAAUAAUUUUAGAAAACUUGGUGGCAGAGUUUGAAACAGAGGAGGGUUAGUAUGAAGCUUUUGUGGGUUGGUAUUGCUUUUGUAGUUGUUUUAGCCAAAUGGGUUAAUGGCUUUGUGGAAUUUAGUCUGAAUGAAACUGAGAUAUCCUUAAUGGAAGGCUUUGGAGUCUCUAAGGCAGGUUACAACCCUUUAAUGGUUGGUCUUACCCUCAUUCACGGAGCUGGCGCAAAAGGAGCUGUCUGCUUGGAUGGAACCUUGCCAGGAUACCAUUGGCACCGUGGAUAUGGAUCAGGAGCAAAUAAUUGGCUUAUACAAUUGGAGGGUGGUGGUUGGUGCAAUAAUGUUAGGAAUUGUGUAUAUCGCAAAAAAACAAGGCGGGGAUCGUCAACAUACAUGGAAAAGCUAAUACCAUUUACAGGAAUACUAAGUGAAAAAGCUCAAGAGAAUCCUGACUUCUACAACUGGAAUAGAGUAAAGCUUCGCUACUGUGAUGGGGCCUCAUUUACUGGCGACAGUGAACAUAAGGGUGCACAAUUGCAAUUUAGAGGAGAACGUAUAUGGUGGGCUGCUAUGGAAGAUUUAAUGUCAAAGGGAAUGCGUAAUGCUCGUCAGACUCUUCUUUCUGGAUGCUCUGCUGGGGGUCUUGCAUCUAUUUUACAUUGUGAUGACUUUAAGAGUUUGUUUUCCGGAAACACUAGAGUGAAGUGCCUCAGUGAUGCUGGAUUGUUUCUUGACGCGGUCGAUGUUUCUGGUGGAAGAACACUCAGGAAUCUAUACAGUGGUGUAGUAGGUUUGCAGGGAGUGGGAAAGAGUUUACCACGGAUUUGUACUAACCAUCUUGACCCAACUUCGUGCUUCUUCCCUCAAAAUUUGAUUGCCAGCGUUAAGACCCCGCUGUUUAUUCUCAAUGCAGCCUACGAUUCAUGGCAGAUUCAAUCCAGCUUAGCUCCACCAUCAGCAGAUCCCCAUGGCUUCUGGCAUGAAUGCAGAUUAAACCAUGCAAAAUGUUCUUCUACACAAAUUCAUUUCUUACAAGGAUUCAGGAAUCAGAUGCUAAAAGUAAUCAGUCGAUUCUCACGCUCUCGUCAAAAUGGUUUGUUUAUAAACUCUUGCUUUGCUCAUUGCCAAACUGAGAGGCAAGAUACAUGGUUUGCCGAUGAUUCUCCCGUCAUCAGAAACAAGCCAAUUGCACUCGCUGUUGGAGACUGGUACUUCGACCGAGCAGCUGUUAAGGACAUAGAUUGUCCCUACCCUUGUGACAACACUUGCCAUAAUCUAGUUUUCCGAUGAUUCAAAUACAUGAAUUUGGCUCAUCCACAUGAUGACCAUAAUUAUAUAAUGAUGAUCUAGUAGAGUAAUCUACAAAAUUAUAGUUUCUGCUACAUUAGAAAUUGAAAACUUCACAAUUCAUUUGGAAAGCAAUAUAUAUAUAAAAAUAUAUAAAGAAAAACAAUAAGUACAUUAUUUGAGGCUUCUGAGAAAUGCAGCAAACUGCUCUCUCAGCAAAGCUUCCUGCAUUGUAUGAUUGAAACACAAAAGUAUACAAGGGUAAAAAGAAACUCUUUUAUCUUUAAGUGUUUCCAAAAUAUUUUAUAUAUUGGAUAUAUGUAUGCUAUUUAAUUUA